CCUGGCGCGUCAUUGUCUAUGUCAGUCUACCUGUCGUUGGAGCACGUCCUGGUUUUUUUGUUGGAUUAAAGAGCACCUUCAAAAACUCUGCAUAUGAGUCCUCCCUGCAACCCGCAUCAGCAGCCUCGUGACAUUAUCUCAUCCAUUGUUUUCAUAUCUAACAGUUUCUUCUAUUUAAUUUCUAAGUGUGUUUACUCUAUUUCAGUCUUUCCAAAAAGAGAACACACUCUUGAUUGAUGUCAGUGGGAUUGUUUUUUUACACCUAAGGUUUUUGAUUGAGGCCCCCGAGAGAUUGAAUGAUGCUGAUGCUGAUGAUUCGCCAAUUGGAUGCGCUAUACUCUCUCCGUGUGGGCGUUGUUUAAAAAAAUAGAAAACUCCUAGAGCAGGGAGGCGGUGGGUAUAUUUACGUAGCACUUUAUCCUCCCAUUGGUCCCUUUGGAGAAGCUGCUAUGAUGCGCUUCGGUGACACUACCAAGUUUCGGGCCAUAAAAAGCCGAGGCGACGAGCAACGCAAGAGAAACACGAAGUUGGAGGAAGGAGAUCUGAAGAUAGAUGCGCCUCUGCGAGUCUUAGUACGGCUGGAAGUAUCUGUCCAACCCCCGAGGGAUCUGGUGAAGAAUGGAGUGGUAUGUCCUGGUGCUGAUGCUGAGCUUUCCGUCCUCCCUCCGCGCAGAUUGCUCAUUGCAGUGCCAGAAAUGUGUGCAGCAGGCCCUCGGCCCCGACGCUGCCUUCAGCAGCCUGGCGUGCAGCGCGCAGUGUGACGGGCAGCUGGAGAGCUGCCGGCGGGCUCCGGACUUCAGACAGGACGAAGCGGCGGAGGAGCAGGAGGAGGAGGACCAGAAGGGGGACCUGGUGAAGCGCUACGGUGGCUUCAUCAAGAGGAUCGACAAGAACAAGAAUAAAAUCUUCGCCUCCCCGUGGCGCGACAACUACGCCGUGGAGGCGCUUCCCGAGAAGUACGAGGACCUGUUGAAGCGGGUGGAUGAGAGGGACGCGGGGGACCGCCACUUUCGCGCGAACGUGAAGCGGUACGGCGGCUUUUUACGCAAAUUCGGGCCUAAGUCUAAGAGGAGUAGCUCCGCGGAGACUGAGAGCCGAGAGCCCGAGGAGCUGCAGAAGCGCUACGGGGGCUUCAUGAGGCGGAUCCGACCGAAGUCGAACAACCUGAAGUGGGACAAGCGUUACGGAGGCUUUCUGCGCCGCCACUUCAAGAUCUCCGUACGCUCGGUAGAGGAGCCCUAUUACUCCUACGAUGACUUGAGCCUAUAGAUGAAUCCCCCGGCGGCUCUUGAAUCUGAGGAUUUGCGCGUGGAGCAACCAGUCUGAACGAACGUGAGGAAAAAAAGAAAGAAAAAACAAGAACUUGUGCGGGUUCACUUGAAAUACCACCAUUUCUCCAGUUUGCCUCGUCCGCCUGCCUUUAUCGCUUACAGCCAGCUUGGUUGCCUUCUGUGUAAAAUGAAUCCUCAUCUCUGUUAUUGGCAUCAUCGUGUGUCACUCAAUAAAUGAUGCUUGUUUAAUAAAGACACUUCCCUGUUUGCUCAA